AUGGGGGCUAACGCAAGUAUUCUUGAUGGUUUUAUUGAAGAUACCAAUUUUAGUAUUGAAGAGAUCGAUAGAUUGCGUAAAAGGUUCAUGAAAUUAGAUAAAGAUGGAUCAGGGCAAAUUGAUAAGCAAGAAUUUUUGUCUAUACCUGGGAUUAGUUCGAAUCCAUUAGCCACCAGAUUAAUGGAUGUGUUUGAUAAAGAUGGAGACGGGUCGAUUGAUUUUGAAGAGUUUAUUACUGGGUUAUCUGCAUUCUCGGGAAAAUCAGAUAAUUUAAACAAAUUAAGAUUUGCAUUCAAUAUAUACGAUAUUGAUCGCGAUGGCUACAUUGGAAAUGGUGAAUUAUUUAUUGUAAUGAAAAUGAUGGUUGGUAAAAACUUAAAAGAUGAGGAACUACAACAAAUUGUGGAUAAGACUUUAAUGGAAGCUGACUUGGAUGGCGAUGGUAAGUUGAAUUUUGAAGAAUUUAAAAAUGCGGUUAAUACCGAUACAAUUGCCAACACUUUGACCUUAAAUAUGUUCUAG